GAGGGCCGGGGGAGAGGGUGGCUCGCUGCUCUGCGCCCCGCUCAGCGGAUACCCCUGCGCCCGCCGCACCUAGUCUUCCCUGACGCGUCCUUUCCGUGACCCCGGAAGGAACCCUUGGACAGAUGUUAUGCAUAUGGUGAAAGGUUACAAGGGCAGGAGCUCUUUUCUGAUGAAACCCCUGAAUGUUCAGCCAAAAUAAAGAGCACCAGUAGCCGAUGGCCAAAGAAUGGAAGAGGAAAGUACUCGCCAUUGGUGUCUUCUAGAGAAAUUUCCUGAAAGGCUCCACGAGUGAUGGACCCGUAUGUGAUUCAGAUGAAUGGCAACAGCAGCCUCCCCUCUGUUCUGGAUAUGCAUGUCAACAUCGGUGGGAGAGGCUCCUUACCAGAAAAAAGGAAAGGCAGGAAGGCCAGAUGGUCAGUGAAGCCUUCAGACAUGUCCAACAAAACUUUCAAUCCCAUCCGGGCCAUCGUGGACAGCAUGAAGGUGAAGCCAAAUCCAGACAAAACCAUGAUUGCUCUGUCGAUUGGGGACCCUACUGUGUUUGGAAACCUGCCUACAGACCCUGAAGUUACCCAAGCCAUGAAAGAUGCCCUGGACUCAGGGAAAUAUAACGGCUAUGCCCCCUCCAUUGGCUACUUAUCCAGUCGGGAGGAGAUUGCUUCUUACUACCACCGGCCUGAGGCACCCCUGGAAGCUAAGGAUGUCAUUCUGACUAGUGGCUGCAGUCAGGCUAUUGAACUUUGUUUAGCUGUGUUGGCCAACCCAGGACAAAACAUCCUAGUUCCGAGACCUGGUUUCUCUCUCUACAGGACUUUGGCUGAAUCGAUGGGAAUUGAGGUCAAACUCUACAAUUUAUUGCCAGAGAAGUCUUGGGAAAUCGACUUGAAACAACUGGAAUCUUUGAUUGAUGAAAAGACAGCUUGUCUCAUCGUUAACAAUCCAUCAAACCCCUGUGGGUCAGUGUUCAGUAGAAGUCAUCUCCAGAAAAUUCUGGCUGUGGCUGCAAGGCAGUGCGUACCCAUCUUAGCUGAUGAGAUCUAUGGAGACAUGGUGUUUUCGGAUUCCACAUUUGAGCCUCUGGCCAGCCUCAGCAGCAACGUGCCCAUCCUGUCCUGUGGAGGCCUGGCCAAGCGCUGGCUGGUUCCUGGCUGGAGGUUGGGUUGGAUCCUCAUUCAUGACCGAAGAGACAUUUUUGGCAACGAGAUCCGGGAUGGGCUGGUGAAGCUGAGUCAGCGGAUCCUGGGACCUUGUACCAUUGUCCAGGGAGCUCUGAAAAGCAUCCUGCAUCGCACACCUCAGGAGUUCUACCAAAACACCCUGAGCCUCCUGAAGUCCAAUGCUGAUCUUUGCUAUGGGGCAUUGGCUGCCAUCCCUGGACUCCAGCCAAUCCGUCCUUUGGGGGCCAUGUACCUCAUGGUUGGAAUUGAGAUGGAACAUUUCCCAGAAUUUGAGAACGAUGUGGAGUUCACAGAGCGGUUAGUUGCUGAGCAAUCAGUCCACUGCCUCCCAGCAACGUGCUUCGAGUACCCGAAUUUCUUCCGAGUGGUAAUCACGGUCCCCAAAGUGAUGAUGCUGGAGGCCUGUAGCCGGAUCCAGGAGUUUUGUGAGCUGCACUACCACUGUGCUGAAGGGAGCCAGGAGGAGUGUGACAAAUAGGCCCAAGUCCAUUCUCUUGAGUAUGUGUCCCACCCGGGGAGGGCUGGACUGGGCGUUGCUAUUCCUAAAGAGGAAUCAGAUGCCCCUACUGGGAGAGGGGCCUCAAAAGCAGAUCAAGGGUUCAGAAUUGCUCCUGCUUUCCCCCAACUAUGUCCACGUACACACACCGAAUCCCAGAAUCUCCUCUCACUUUGUCUGCUGGAGUGACUCACUAAUUCAGGAAUCUGCCCCGUCCUGUAUGACUUCCUCCUUUUUUCCCUGAGAGUACUAGGUGAGCAAAAUUUACCAGAAAGUGGUAGAGACAAGAAAAGUAAAAAAAGCUCAUGAUGAGAGAAAUAAAAGAUUGAGAGAAUUUGUGCCCCCAAACAUUUCCUCAUGCUAUAAGUAAGAGCACACUCUUUCCAGUCAGGUCUGAGGCCCAACUCUGUUACUGCUUCACUUCAGGUAUACCUUGCUUUAUGCAAUAGAACUAUAAACGAAAGAAGUUGGGGACAUAUAUAUUUUGUUAAUUAUAUUUUAAACACGGUAGGAAAAUUUUCUAAUUUGAAGGAUCCCUUAUAGAAACUUUGUUGAUUUUUUAAAAGAAUUAUUGAUUGUACAGGGCACCUGGCUGGCUCAGUCGGUAGAGCACGUGACUCCUGAUCUUGGGAUCAUGAAUUUCAGCCCCACAUGGAGUGUAUUACAUACAUACAUACGUAAAUAAGUAGAAUUAUUGAUUUAAAAGUAAUCAAUGAACUUUCUAAAUUUAGAUGUGUGUACAUUAGGGUUUCUUAAAAUGAGGGCACAUCUAUAUGAAAAAAAAAAAAAAAAAAGGAGGAAUCAUAGGACCUUCCCAAAAUACUGUGGUGUAAGGGCCAGAAAGAUCCUCACUUAUCAUUUUUAUGGAAUCAUUGCUUUUUCUGUAAGGUUAAUAUUGAUUUAUUGAUAUAUAUAUAUAUUAUAUUAUCUUUUCAUAUGUUUUCUAAGAAACAUUUAUAUUGACAAGAUCCUUUAUUUUGCCAAGGGCAUAAAUUAUUGUUUUCUUUUUUUAAAAAAAUAAAUUUUACUAAGUAUG